AUGACAACUCCCCGCGCCUUCGUCAUCCGUCACGGCGAGACGGAGUGGUCUCUCAACGGCCGGCAUACCGGUAGCACCGACAUCCCACUCACUGCCAACGGUGAGAAGCGUGUGCGAGCCACCGGCCGCGCCCUGGUGGGGAGUGACCGCCUCAUCGUGCCCAAAAGGAUCUCUCACAUCUACGUCUCCCCUCGCAAGCGCGCCCAACGCACCUUUGAGCUCCUGAAUCUUGGCAUCGACGACAGCCUCCCCUGGAAGAACCACGGGGAGGUCGAGGGCAACGGCCCGCACUGCAAUGCUUGCGUCGAGGUCACCGAGGACAUUCGCGAAUGGGACUACGGCGACUACGAGGGUAUCACGUCGCCGGAGAUCCGCCGCAUCCGAAAGGAGCAGGGUCUGUCUGAGACCUGGGACAUCUGGCGCGAUGGCUGCCCGGGCGGCGAGAGCCCUCAGGAUGUGACGGAACGUCUGGACCGCCUGAUCAAGGACAUUCGCGACAGGUGGCAUAGUCCCGUCAUUGGCAACAAGAACGCAGCCAACGGAGACGUGCUCAUCAUUGCCCACGGCCACAUCCUCCGUGCCUUUGCCAUGCGCUGGGCCGGCAAGACGCUGCAGGACGGACCGGCGUUCUUGCUCGAGGCCGGCGGUGUCGGUACUUUGAGCUACGAGCAUCACAGCAUUGAAGAGCCUGCUAUUCUGCUUGGAGGUGCCUUUGCUGUUGAUGUCAGUGAUAAAGAGUAG